AUGGCAGAUCCGGGCGGCUGGGCACCGGCCCAGGAAAAUGACUUUCCUAAUUUUCAAUCGAGCGACAGCUUCAAUUUGAAUGAAGUCACUGGCAUCGAUGAUCUUCUGACGAAUUGCGAGAAUGAGUUGCUGAAGAAUGAGCUUUUCAGCGAUGAGGCUCUACUUUCCGAAUUGGAUGAGCCAAUGCCAGUUGAUGGGGACACAUUUAACUUCUUAAAUAUCAAUAACGAUGAGUUUAAAGACUUCAAGGACUUUAAAGAUCCAGCAAUCCUUGAGCCAUCAAACUCAAAUGUUAUGGUGACACAACAAACGGAUGGCACUACACCUGUUACUUAUAUACAGCAGGAUGUUACCUCCGUGCCACAGAAUAGACCACAGAGAAUAGUAGCUUCGACAAAGCCUACAGUGUUCAGCUCGCAGUACACUAUACCACAAAAUGUGAAUUUUAACGUACAGUCGCCGAAUGUUGUAACCCUAGCUCCAGUUACUCAACAGCGACAGCUACUCCUUCCAGCCAAAUUAAUUAAGUCAGAAUCUCUCGUGUAUUCAAAGGGUGGACAAACCAUCACGUCGACUCCUGUUCCACAUCAAAUACACACUCUUGUAAAUACUACAAAUGGAACGGUGUUAACUACCGGGAUACCUGUAGUAUUGGACACUGACAAGGUACAAAUUAAUCGUCUAAACACAGGCACACAUGUGAGUGUACCGAGAGUGAGAGAGGUAAAACGCAGUGCCCACAAUGCUAUUGAGCGUCGUUACAGGACGUCGAUCAAUGAUAAGAUAAUUGAACUGAAAAACAUUGUAGUCGGAAUUGAUGCCAAGCUGAACAAGUCGGCAAUUUUACGAAAAACCAUCGACUACAUCAGGCAUCUGCAGAAUUACAGUGCGAAAUUAAAGGCCGAAAAUAUGGCGUUGAAGAUGUCUGCGCAACGGCACAAUCUUCGUGAUUUGUAUCAACAAAUCCAGUGUGGAGAGCUGACACCUCCACGCUCCGAUUCGAGCGAACCGUCUCUAUCACCCGCACCUGCGCCGCCGUCACCACCAUCCCCGUCGUCUGUAAAGGACGAUUCAGAUGCGUUGCACAAUCUACACCCUGUACCAACUUCGUCCAUUGGAGGCAUGAAAGAUCACACUCGGCUGACAUUAUGCGGAUUCAUGCUAUUAUUUUUAGCAUUCAAUCCUCUGGGUAUCCUCGUGAACAAUAUUGGAAGAUUCAAUUAUGAUUAUGUGAAUACGAAACUGGACGGACGAACGAUACUCAAUUAUCCAGUUGUAGAUCAGCUAGAAUCGGACAAGCAACCAUGGAGCAAUGUUGUCCUCUGGUUUACCAAUCUGAUACUCUUGGCAAUUUGUCUCUAUAAACUGUUACUUUAUGGCGAUCCCAUUUUGCCUACCGACAGCAAAGUCUUUCUCGAAAUACGUCGUUGGAGACGUCAGGCCGAAUUCAACAUAUCCAAACACGAAUGCAAUCAGGCAUAUCGAGAUUUACAUCAAUGCUUACAGUAUUUCGGCCGAGCCUUCCCAUUAUCACGUACGGAGGUUUUUCUCGCAACCAUGUGGCAAAUAGUGCGGCAGACUCUUCACAAAUUAUGGCUUGGUAGAUGGGUCAUGCACAUCAGCAAGUGGUUGUCAGAGAAAUCAGAACGGCAACAGGCGGAGACAUCCGCCGUGGAAAUUGCCAUCGUUUACCAGCAUAUGCUCUGUCUUCGUAUGUCUGAAGGAACUAAAGACUCAACGUUAUAUCUUGCUCUUUGCGCCGUCAAUUACGCGGAAACUGCUGGCGAGAGUAUGCCAAAGCCACUUUUGGCGGAGAUCUACAUGAACGUCGCGCUGUGUCUGAAACAAUCCUUCUUUCCGUACAUACACAAAUAUUAUCUGGGUAAAGCACGCGUCUUGCUAUCCUCUUGCGCCGUUCCCCCGAAAUUGAAAUGGAUCAUGACCGAUGAAGGCGCGAAGUUCUUGGCAUCUCAGAAGUGGCAGUACAAGAAACAGUCUGACAGCGAAUUCACAUCACAGAACAGUCGAGCGGAUCCGCUGUCAUACGCGGCUCGUGCGUAUAGGAAUCAUCUGAUCGAGCAAUGUCUACGUUUAUUGACCGGCACGGUUGGAGAAUGUCAUGCAUCCUCUGUACUUGAAUUAGGACGGAUGAUUAUGGCUUCUGCAGAAGUGGAAGCUUGUUUCCCCUUUUCCGACAAAAUCAGUGUAACAACAUGCGAAGAUGAGAUUGGAUUAUGGUGGGGAGCUGUAAUCUGCGCUGCCGCGAGUUGGAGAUUAGGAGAAGAGGAUUCAAAGGCAUGGAGCAUUGUGGAGAGUAAAUUUCCCUACGAGAGGAACUUCCAAGUUGGCGACAACAGCAGUAGCAGUCCAUUACCCCAUGCUGUUCUCGGUGUUCUCCAGGUGGCAAAAAAUCCUACAAAGUUAGUUUCUAUGCGUUUCAUUGAUCAGACGGGACUACUGCUUGAGCAAUCCAUGGUGUACUAUCAUUGCAAGGAGCAAUCUUCGCAGCAAGUCUUGCUUACUCAAUUAUUGGUUUGUGAUUGGCUUCUCGAGAUACGUACAAUUCUUUGGCAAGAAAUAGAUGCAGAACCAGAAAGAUCAGUCGUAAGCAUGUCUCUUGCUGGGUUCCAACGUGAUUUAGCGUGCUUGAGACAGUUGUGUCAGCACAUCCCAUCUGUAUUGGCACGAGUAUUCCUAUACGAGGCUACAGCGCGUAUCAUGGCCGGGGCAACACCAGUUAAGACUCAGAUCUUAUUGGAUCGAAGUCUGCAUCACAGAAACUCGCGUUCUUCAAUUAUAUGUGGGAAGGACCGGUCGCAGGAGCAGAACAACAGUGAGAGGGAGCAUGCGGUCGCGUUAUGUCUGGCAUGUAGGCAUCUGCCGACGUUGCUGUUAGCCUCGCCGGGUGAACGAGCUGGCAUGCUCGCGGAGGCUGCCAAGACGCUCGAGCGAAUAGGAGACAGGAAACGUCUUCAGGAAUGCUACAAACUAAUGCGACAGCUAGGCUCUGCGAUUACUGUUAAUUAAUGCAUCACACACAUACACACACACACA